AGCGAAUAGCAUUGCCCAACUGCGUCCAAUCAGGCCGCUGUAACGAAAUCGAAGUUGAUAGAAUUUUAAUACAAGAACAUAUUAUGGUCCUGUUUAUUCAGCUGCCGGGUAUUUGAACUCAUGGUCAGCAGAUCUUUCUUACAAUCAACGUCUGAGAAGGUUUGUUUGGUAAUUAUUAUUAUCAGUCUGGGCGAUGGAAAGGGUCCCCCGAGCUGAGAUGUAAAAUUGAAAAAUCUGCAUCAUCACCGACAUGACUGACGAGGAACCACUUUCCUGUAUUGAACUGGGUGACCCAGAUGAGCCAUCGUUCGGAGAGUUUCUCAGUAGCGGUUAGGUACCGGUUCUCAUAUCACUUGACAGCCAAGUCGCAUGCCGAAGCCGGACUUCGAGUCGUUGGAAAACAGUUCAGAACGGAAUGGUGUAACGAUUCGCUAUCAGCGCGUCGAACAUCUUCGAUGAAUGACCAGCCAGCUCACGGCAAAAACUAUUCCCAAAAGUCGAGGGAAAAUGACAUGAUCGCCUUACUGAAUCCGGAUUCAGAAAGCAAAAGAAGACCAGCUGAGGAGUAUGCCGAAGAAGAAAAUCAGGAUCAGGUGCGGCCUGCGACUCCAAAUGUUGCUACUUUUGACCUAGCAGCAAACUUAACGAGCCUAAACGGAAGUGUCACCCUCGUAUCCAACGCCGGGAAGUCGGGUUCUCCCCACGAUCAGUCGCACUCAAAGCGACACUCGCGGCGUUCGAAAUUGUACCGAAGAGAAGGCAAAGUGAAGUCGCGUGGGAGUUUGACGAAGAAAAAUGCUGCAAGUCCGAGUCUAAUAGCCUUUGGCAUGGAAAGGUCCGACAGUCUGGAUCAGGAUCCUCCCCGCGGUCGAAAACGCAACAGUGGAUUGGCCAAACUCUUGGACUCCACCUCAAAAACGUCCAACGCCACGUCUGAGCCAAAUCCUGUCGCUGCGAGCCGCAAUGAUUCAAUUCCGUCCAAUUUUCUUUCUACAGGUGAAAGCAAAGUUCUUCUGGAUAGAUUAUCGGACGAGUCGUCCAAACUGGCUAAAGGAUCAGGUUCGACUGAAAAUUGGCUCAACUUCUCCUCGUCGUCAUCGUCGUCAGCGGGGUCCACAAUUAACGAAACCGCGUCAUCUAUCGAACUGAUGACGUUCGGAUUCGAAAGCGCUGAAGAAUUUCGCAGAUCUGCCUUGAUAAAUUCAAGUCACGUAGCGCCUUCAUCAAUUGCAGCGAUUCAUUCGUCUUUCACAACGGCAAGAUUAGCGACUCUAGUCUCGGAUCGAUCUGCCGACAUGACGGAAUCCACCUCUGCUCGCCCAUCCACUGUAGAGAUGAUCAAUAGAAGUCAAUCGAUGCAGAGAACUGCAAAACGACGUGACGUAGACGAUAAUAGUUUCGAAUUCAGUGUUCACUCGGAGGACAGUCGAGACGUACCCCUUAACAUCAAAGAGUUAUUUACCUCGGCGAGAACGCCUGGCGAUAACACAACGAAGGAUCAUUCAGUGAUUUUAACAUCAAUAGGAAGUGAUUCGUCUUCGUUGGUAAACUCCUAUAAUACGAGUUUGAGAAUUUCGGCAGUUCGUAAUGGGUCAGAUACCGAUACCAUAGCGGAAAGUACAAAGAAUUCGAGUCACGACGAACCUGAAUUCAACGAAUAUUCAUGGAGCUCAGUGAAUGACAGUUUGAAUCGACUGACCCUCUUGAAGGUAGCCGAUACUCUGAAACACAUCGAUUGUCAAAAAGCUCGGCGUUCGUAUACUCACAGUAAUUCCACAUUCUCUGAAAUUUCGGACGACGCCUCGCCAAAACUCCAAAUCGAGUCCGUCAAGGUUUUAAGGUCUUCGUCAAAAGGUAAACUGCAUUCGCUGAAACUUAACGACAGUGAGUUUGAAGUAGCCGAGGAUUCCUCCGCAUCACCGGGCCGGAUAUCGAUCGAUGAUAAAGAUGGACCACUGAAAUUAACGAUUCCUUUGAGCAUUGAUACAAUGGCCAAGGCUGGCACGAGCGGUAAGUCAGCAGAAGAAACCGUGGAAGUUUCACGACAGUCGAACAAGUUAGCAACGACUUUUGGCGAUCCUUCUCUGACGGAAACUGUAUCCAAAAAGAGAAACGUUGAUCACGGACCCCUUCGAGAGGUUCUCGAUGUCGACCAGCAUCUUGCAUCGAGAUGCAACCCAGGUUCUUCGACUGAACGGUCGGAAAACGUCCAGAGAGUGGACAGCGAAAAUCGGAUUGAUCAACAACGCACUGACGCUGUGACGCUCUUAGUUUCUGAAAGCAGCAUUUCCAAUCUGGAACAUUGUUUGAUGCGGUCCUCUUCGUCAGCGAUGCCCCGUGAUUUGAUUAACGAUCCUGAACGCCGCCUCGAGGCUCUUGUCGCGUCAAUUAUUCCUGAUAAUCCCGAAGAGAGAGAAGCAGACGCGACGUUCACGAUGAACAGAAAUCAUGAUGAAGAUACUCAGGCUGGCCGACUGGGCUAUUCGUCUCCUGAACACCGGGGUCCUCAGAGUUUACAUGACUCGGACGUGAUCGUUUUGGAAACUUUCGAGCCAGUAGUUAGCGAGUUGGUGACUCCUCUUGAAGAAGUUGCCGAUGUUGACGGUUCUCCGGGAUUCACUGGCCUCGAAGAACACUGCAACUCGUCUUUAUUUAAUGUUUUUAUACCGUCUGUAAAUUCCCGUGAAAUUGUCGCCAGGUCAAUACAAAAUCUUCCUAACUCGCUGGUCCUAAAGAUUAAUGAGCCAAUGGUGAGAAUUGAAACGCAGAAUAUUACGACGGAGGAUAGUCUCUACAUCAUGGAAGGCUUUGGCUUGUUCAAAAACAGUCCUGAAGAACUCGAGGAAGAGCUCGAUCGACGGAAGGGCGCCCCCUUUGACUAUGCCGAAACGGAAGGGUACCUGGUAUAUUCACCCCCCGGUGAUCAUGCCCCAGGACUGAAAGUCAUAGAUGAGAUCGAGUUCAAAGCUGAAUUACCAGCCAAGCCAGAAUCACUGGUUGCCGAUGUCCUGUGGAAUCGAAAUUUCGGCGAAAUGGACGAUCUGUCGUGGUUGGACGAUGAAACUGGAAAUGCAAUUUGGAAAUCCAUACAAAGUAGGGAUGCUCAGCAGAAAAGUUUACUUAACCCGAGUGAAUAUCCUGCAACGCUAAGUGAUGUCAAGGAAGUUCAAUCUCCUGUCAAGAGUCUUUUAAUCCGAGAACAUAUAACCGAAAAAAGUACACACCAUCUGUACAUACUGCCAACAAUUUAUGUUUUAAUCGGAAUGUGUGUCGUCAUCGUGGGAUGCAGCAUUUGGUACAGCAAGAAACGUGUGAAGAGACGGUCCAACUUACCCAAACUCAAGUACUUCGUUCAGCAGCGGCAGGAAACUACGGAGGCCAUUGUAUGAGAUAAACCUUACAAUACUCGUGCAUACGAUUUUUUUAUUCAUGGAUUGUAGCGUGAUGCAAAUGGAGUUUUUUUACCAAUGAAAUAUAUGAUAUCGUACAGGAAGUAUAAAGUGAUACUGGUAAUUGUAAUGCAGCUGUAGUUCGCGGAGUUUUCAAAAUUUGUCCCAAAUCAGAUUAGUACAUUCAUAUUCUGUGGACGGAACAUGACAACAUAGUGCAUAGAAAGAGAUUCAAAUCACCAAAUCUGCGAAAUGAAGAAGAUGCAAAUUUGUACAUGGCAGUUCAAGCAAUUGAUUGCUGUGACCUGGAACUAUGCCUGCAAUUUACAAUCAACGCAAAAUAACGUUGACAACCGCUUCAGCUUGACUUGGUCCUAGCAUUCGUUGAGGAAUAAUCAUAAUAUAGAUAGCUUCUAAACGCAUUAA